UCAGUAGGUAACUUUACUAAACAACUUUAACAUGAGAUGUCAAAUAAAAUUGUACUAUCAAUGUCACAGAAUUAUAUUAAUAAUCAAUGUCACUACUUCAGUUUCAAAGUAGACACCUCAAAGAACAAAAAAUCUCAUUCAUCAUCAGCUCCAUAAUCUUUCCCUCAAACUUGACAAGGUAAGUGCUUCUUAUUCUGUUGCAACCUUGUCUAAAUGACUAGAAUUAGUUGUAGCAGUAAAAUUAUCACAAUCUUGUUGUCGAUUAUUUCCUUCUUCUAUGGUGCUACUGCUCUUACCUCUGAUGGUUUGACUUUGAUGUCACUCUUGACACGUUGGACCUUUGUUCCUCCGCUAAUCAACUCUAGUUGGAAGGCUUCUGAUUCCGAUCCAUGCUCAUGGGUUGGUGUUCAAUGUGACCAUACUUAUAAUGUCAUUUCCCUUAGCCUCACUGGUCAUGGGAUUAUUGGUCAACUUGGACCAGAAAUUGGUAACCUUUAUCACUUGCAGAACCUUUUGUUGUUCGGUAAUGGUUUCUCAGGAAACGUGCCUUCAGAGUUAAGCAACUGUAGCUUGCUUCAGAAUUUAGAUCUUUCUGAGAACAGAUUCAGUGGAAGUAUAUCAUAUAGUUUGAUAAAGUUGCAAAAUUUAAAGUUUUUAAGAUUGUCUUCCAAUCUUCUGACUGGUAAAAUUCCAGAUUCUUUAUUUGAAAUUCAAUCCCUUGAAGAAGUGAGCCUGCACAAUAACCUUCUUAGCGGCAAUAUCCCAACCAAUAUUGGAAACAUGACUAAUCUAUUAAGGUUGUAUCUACAUAGUAAUAUGUUUUCAGGGACCAUUCCUUCAUCUCUUGGCAAUUGCAGUAAACUUGAAGACCUUGAUUUGUCUUUCAACCGUUUGAGAGGUGAAAUUCCGGUCAGUAUUUGGAGAAUUCAAAGUCUUGUGCACAUCUUGGUUCACAACAACGAUCUCUUUGGGGAACUACCUUUGGAAAUCACAAACCUUAAGUGUCUAAAAAAUGUCUCAUUGUUUGAAAAUCAGUUCUCAGGAGUCAUACCUCAAAGCUUGGGAAUCAACAGCAGCAUAGUGAAGUUGGACUGUAUGAAUAACAAGUUCAGUGGUAAUAUCCCACCAAAUCUUUGUUUUGGAAAGCAUUUGUUAGAGCUCAACAUGGGAAUCAAUCAACUACAAGGUGGCAUACCUUCUGAUCUAGGAAGAUGUGCAACUCUAAGGAGGUUGUUUCUCAAUCAAAAUAAUUUCACCGGGUUGCUUCCCGAUUUUGCAAGUAAUCUUAACCUGAAAUACAUGGACAUAAGCAAAAACAAUAUUGGUGGACCAAUUACAUCAAGUUUGGGAAAUUGCACAAAUCUCGCAUACAUUAAUUUGUCAAGAAACAAAUUUGCAGGACUCAUACCAUUACAGCUUGGAAACCUUGUGAAUCUUGUGAUUUUGGAUCUUGCUCACAAUAAUUUGGAAGGUCCUUUGCCACUUAGGCUUUCAAACUGUGCUAAAAUGGAUCGUUUUGAUGUGGGAUUCAAUUUCUUAAAUGGAUCACUCCCAUCAAGUUUGAGAAGUUGGGCACGCAUAACUACAUUGAUUUUCAGAGAAAAUUACUUCACUGGAGGUAUCCCAGGGUUUUUGACAGAAUUUAGCAACCUUCGUGAGUUACAACUAGGUGGAAAUUUGCUUGGAGGCGAAAUUCCUCGAUGGUUGGGGACAUUGCAUAAUCUGUUCUAUGGAUUGAAUCUGAGUUCUAAUGGAUUAACAGGCAGCAUUCCUUCAGAAAUUGGGAAGCUAGGACUGCUGCAAAGUCUGGAUAUAUCCUUGAACAAUUUAACAGGAAGCAUAUAUGCUCUUGAAAGUCUUGUUUCGUUAACUGAUAUCAAUGUUUCUUACAAUCUCUUCAAUGGUUCUGUACCAACAGGUCUAAUGAAGUUACUGAAUUCCUCACCAUCAUCAUUCAUGGGUAGUCCUCUCCUAUGUGUUAGUUGUUUGAGUUGCAUUGAAACUAGUUAUGUAAAUCCAUGUGUCUACAAGUCAACUGAUCACAAAGGUAUCGGUAAUGUUCAAAUUGUGUUGAUAGAACUUGGAUCCUCAAUAUUUAUUUCUGCUCUGAUGCUAAUAAUGAUUCGAAUGUAUCUCCUUAAAAGAUAUAAGCAGGAAUUCAAGAUGUCUUGUUCCCCACUGGUCAUGGUGUUGAAGGCUCUGGCUAAACUAUAUGAUUGCUAUAAUUUUGGCAAAGGAAUUGUGUGUAAAACCCAAAUGACAUCUGAUCUUAAGCAGCAGUCGUAUAGUGAAAGACAACCUGCUCCGGCGUCUGAUCUUAAUCUAAAGCCUGAUAUUGAAAGAGGAGCUGCUCCGGCAUCCGAUUUUAACAAAUGGUCUUAUUAUAUUGAAAAAGGGGUUGGAAGGAUUGGAGUCACAUAUGCUCGCGAGUUCAAUAUCUCAUGCAAAGAGAAGCCACUUACUCUUAAAGAUGCAGUGUUGCAGGCUACUGAGAACCUAAAUCAAUGUUAUAUCAUUGGCAAGGGAGGACAUGGUACUGUGUACAAAGCCAUAAUUGGUCAGCAUGUUUUUGCUGUAAAGAAGGUCGAAUUUGGGUGGAACAAGAAAAAGCGGCUAAGUAUCAUACGCAACGAAAUUGAAGUCCUUGGGAUGUUUAAGCAUCGAAAUUUGAUCAAACACGCAGACUACUGGAUUGGAGAGGAAUAUGGUUUAGUCUUAUAUGAAUUCAUGGAAAAUGGAAGCCUUCAUGAUAUUUUGCAUGAAAAGAAACCCCCACCACGAUUAACGUGGAAUGUUCGGUGUAAAAUAGCAGUCGGAAUUGCUCAAGGACUAGCAUAUCUGCAUUAUGAUUGUGUUCCAAGAAUAGUGCACCGAGACAUCAAACCAAAGAACAUUCUCGUUGACGACAAUAUGGAGCCUAUUAUAGCUGAUUUUGGCACUGCCCUAUGCAAGCAGAUAUCUGAGGAUUCUAAUAGUCAUUCUACAACUAGGAAAAUGCUUUCAUCGCAUGUUGUUGGUACUCCUGGAUAUAUUGCACCGGAGAAUGCAUAUGUUAAUGUUCCAGGAAGAAAGUCUGAUGUAUAUAGCUACGGAGUUGUUUUGCUUGAGCUAAUAACCAGAAAGAAAUUGUUAGUUCCCUCUUUAAACGAUGAAGCAGAGGAGACCCCCUUAGUGAUCUGGGCUAGAUCUGUAUGGCUGAAAACAGGCAAAACUGAGAAGAUUGUUGAUCAUUACCUUGCAAGUGAAUUUCCCAAUUCAUCAGCACUAGCCAAGCAAGUCUCUGCAGUCCUUUCAUUGGCAUUACGAUGCAUAGAGAAGGAUCCACGAGAUAGGCCGACCAUGAAAGGUGUUAUUCGUUUUUUUAAUAACAACUUGUUUAAGCUGAGGUGUGAUGAGGUUCAAUAUGGCGAUGGACUUACAAUUAAACUGAUGGGAAACGGUAAGAUUGAGUCUGUAAAAUUGGUCAGGGUAGCUGCUCUAAUUCUUCCAAAAAUAACUUAUGCUUGGCGUCAUUUGACCUUCAUUCCCUCUAUCAAUGGUCCAAUACUUACCAAACCUUUCAACUGGUUUUUCCUAUCGCGUUGGGGUCAAUAUAGACACCUGCAGAAAUCCCUGGACCCACAGACCAAAUCAUACUACUAUAUAAACACCAAUCAAAAUGAGGACACUGUGCAACUUAGUGAAUAGUGGUGUAAAAAACUUGCAGCAUUUCAGAAAUUGAUGUGUACAAUAACAUAGGAACUUAAUCUAUCUAUUUGUAAUCUAUAAUCUCUAAGGGGCAGCCUAUUAGAGUGCCAUGUCAAUAUCCAUAGUUAACCAUUAUUCAAUAUCAAAUUUUGCUAACUAUUCUAAUAUUUAGUGCUGAUAUGUCAGUUUUGGAUUCAACAAA